ACAAAUAAAGAAAUAGUACUUCACAUUAAUGAUCACAAGUGUUUUAAUUUGGAGUGAAUUAAGAAAGUAAUGGAAACAAUCCUGUUUUGAAUUAGUCAUAAACUUCACUUGGUUUGAGCUUCAAUUUUGCACUUUGGAUUCAACUGCCAUGUGUCUUUUUAUAAGAUGAAGCCAAUUUUAAAAACAACAAAAAUGUAAGACCAAAAGUUGAAUGAAAGACCAUUUCAAAUUCCCUCCUUAAACCAUAAAACUUCUUGCUAUUCUUUUCCUCCCUUAUAAAUAUGCACUUAAACACAACUCAAGCUUAAGUCAAGCAAAUACAAACUUUUUGAAGUGACCAAACCAAAUGGCAAGAAAGAGAAAGGCUGUUGAAGGAGUGGAAGACAAGAGCUCAAGUGAAGGAGGAGCUUUGGGUUGGGAUGAGAUGGUGAAGGAGGCAACGGCCACAGCAGCAGUCCUAAGCGGAGGGGCUCGAAGGGCCCGAAAGCGAUUCGUUGGCGUUCGUCAACGACCGUCAGGACGAUGGGUGGCGGAGAUCAAAGACACUAUACAGAAGAUUAGAGUAUGGUUAGGAACAUUUGACACGGCAGAGGAAGCAGCUAGAGCGUACGACGAGGCAGCUUGUUUACUUCGUGGCUCGAACACGAGAACAAACUUCUGGCCUUGCUCCCCUUUAUCAUCUUCAUCACCUGCCCUUCCUUCAAAGAUCACUAAUCUACUAAUCCAAAGGCUUAAUGCAAGAAACAACAACUCCUCUAUACAUAAUCUUCCAAUCAAUCAGCAAGAACAAAAACAUCAGCCAGUUCAAGAAAGGAUGUUAAACUCAAUUGAUCAUCAAAGCAGAGAAGAAUUAGCAACAACAUGUUUCACUGACAGAGUUCUAAGUGAUUUACUCAAUGAUCAAGAAGUGUUCACCACAAAUCCCAAUAUUGAGGAAAUCAGUAGAAGUUUUGAGUCAUGUUUGACGGAGAAAGAUGAAUCUGACAGUGGAGAAAUGGAGAGUAGCAACUGGGUGGGAAUGACCCAAAUGAAUGACUCAAAUGGGGGAGAUGAGAAAAAUGAACUUGUUCAAGAAGAAGAAGAAGAAGAAGAAGAAGGAUCAAAUGUUCUGGAUUUUCAUUUCCUUGAUGACAUUGGGCCACCAUGUUACUACUCACCAUUUGAGAUUGCAGAGGAAAUUGGUGAGCCAAUGGAGGGAGGAGAAGGAAAUGAAGAUGAACCAUCUUCCAUGUUGAGAGAAGCUAUGAAAAGGAUGAAAUAUGAGAGGAAAAUUUCAGCUUCUUUGUAUGCCUUUAAUGGAAUACCAGAGUGUUUAAAAUUGAAGCUUGGGGAAGGAAGUGGAGUAAGAUCUAAUUCUGAACUGAUAACAAGCUUGAGAAAAGCUUGUGACAGAAGAAGAUCAAAUGAGGAGAAGGUUGAAGAAGAAGAAGAAGAUGAAGAAGAUAAAGAAGAAAUGAAGUCUUUUUCAAGCAAUGAAGUUGAUUUGUCCAUUUGGAGUUCAUUAGAUCUUCCACCUAUUUGCUUUGUUAACUGAGUUAAGUUCUUAGCCAUUAUCAAAGAAAAUAUUGCUUUUUUUUUCUUUUUUUUUUUUUUUUUUUUCUUUUUUUUUUGUUGCUGAUAUAAAAAGCUGAGGUCUAAAAUAUAUAUUUAUAAGUUUGACAAUUAACCAUAUAGAUCUGCAGAUUGAAAGAGAAGAACAAUUGGGAUGUAUUGUUAAGUUCAUAUAUUAUCUAGCAGAAAGCUAUUUUCAUUUUGAUUUUCAAUCUAGUUUUUGUGUAUGACAAAGAACAUGCUCACCCUCAUCAUUCUUAAAACUUGAGUGGUUGAAGAGGAAGGGUGAUAUUAAUAUGUUGGAAAAUGAUCAGGUCAUCUCAGAGACUGAGAAGAGUUCAUUUCUGGGUUAGAGGUUGUGUCCGAUUCACUGGAAGUCAUCAAACUCAUUAACGAGACGAAUAUCUCAUCGUCUGAAUUUCAGGUUUGUGCUAAAGAACAUUAUUUUUAUUCCUCUGAACAAGGUAUUCAUGAUUUUGUGACUCACUGUCUUUUUCUGAACACUAUUUGCCCAAUCAUUUUAUUUGAGAAAGUCAAGUUGUGAA